GCACUCGACAUCAUACUGCUGGAGAAGUAAACUGAUGUCGUUGUGCGCUCUGGGGGGUUUGUCAGGGGAUGGGGAACCAAGGACAAUGGGGUUGUGACGCCGGGAACCUUGCGGAGGGGGGGAUGUUGAUCGAUUUGCCUGUUGUUGGGCGUGGUGUGCGAGGAAUUGGUGGAUGGGGGGAAGCCAGCUUGUGGACCGUGUGGGCUGUUGGGAGUUGCGGGGUUGUGGGUGCGAUGCUUGCAGGUGUUCGUGUUGAUUUGGUUGCUGUGCAUUUGUGCUGCGCAGUGUUGUUUCUUUUUGCUCUUCAUGUAUUGUGCAGUGCUAUGCUGGGCAUUGGGUGGGAGGGUGUGCGUGCAAUGGUAGGGGUAGUAUGUUGUGGUUGUGCAGUCAGUGGUGGCGGUUGUGCAGCAUGUCAUAUUGGUGUUGGUCUUAUGAUGAUUGGACGGGUGUGGGUGACUUCCACCAGGAGGAGCAGGAGGAUGGAGUUUACCGUGGUUUACCAUGGCGUCGUGUCGGAGAAUACGAUCCUGAUUUUGGAGCGCGUGCAUCUUCGUGAUUCUCCGAUUGGUGUGGAGCCCUGGGAGGCAUCUCCAGAACGUCGGUCGAUGACGCGUUCUUAUGAUAUUAACCUGAACGGUCAGAUGGUACUUCGUGUGGGGACCUACGUCGCUUACCUACGUGGAGCUUUAGUUUCUCUGCGUUUCUUCCUGCGUCGAAUUGGCGCGGAGAUUCCUAUUGAUCCUCCUGAAGAUGGGCGGGAUGUAUUGCUCCAUAUUUUGAGAGCUUUGGUGACUGCACUGGCGGUAGAGCAUGGGAGAAAUAUUGUGCCGACGGCCGGAUGGGGCGUCUCGGUCGGAGAUCCCCUCGCACGUCCGGGUUUAUGGGGCGAAAUUAAGGAAGGUGGUAGUUUCUGCAUGACUCCAUGCGUGGGAUCAAGCUGGCAUGUAACCAGCUCCAAGGAUCCCCAUGGGACAGCGAGGGAUCUUCUUCUUGAUCUGUUCCCGGCAACGGAUGCAAACAUCCCAACUAGACGUGCUGAGAAGCCAUUACCAAGUGGGGUCACAGGAUGCUCACUCCUGGUUCUUGAAGGUCCAGGUUCGGUUGUUGCGCAAGCUCUUCUAGACACCGGGGCUGUGGAGGAGGAGGAGGGGGAGGAGUCGAUGGAGAAACCGACACCGGAGGCCGAGGAGAUGGAUCUACCUCCGGAGGUGAAGCUGCAGCCGCGACGGGCCUCGAGGGCGGCGCGCUCCUCAGGGGAUAGAGCUCCGCAAGGAGGACAAAACCAUGUGGGAGGUCUAUCUGAGGAUCGUGAACGUGAGGGCGCCAACCUGUGCAACCCAACUGCACGCACAACCCAUGGCGGACAUGGCCAUCUGCAGGCGCUCGGCCACCAGGACAAUGUCGUCAUCCAAGUGAUACGGGAUGACAUCUCGGAGCUCGAUAUCCUCGGGGGCAUCCCCAAGGGUAGCGUCAAGCUCAGCCGAGGCGUCCUCGCCGUACUCCUUAGAAUUGUAGCGCCGAGAGGAUGGCGCUCAAGGUCAAGCUGGUCGGCGAAAGCAGUCGAUGAAGGAGGAUCGACCGCUAGUAGCACCACGUGGCUGGGUGGCGGCGACGGUGGAUCGCGAAGAAGAUGGGGUGUCGGAGAAGCGAUUCCGCAUCUUCUGGUACUGUCGAGCAGCCUCGUAGGCCUGCUCUGAGGAGGCGAAGCUCUGUCACCAGAGCUCGAUGCG